UUCAAAAGGAGAUUUAUUAAUUAUAAUAAAUAUUUAUUUAUUUAUUUUCACAUCUCCACCCAUAUACACUCAGCAUGCCGAGUGAUAUAGAUAUGGAAUUUAAUGAAGAAUGUAUUGUUGAACAUAAUCGUUUACGAGCAUUACAUGGAUGUCCGAAAUUAAUUCUUGAUCAGACAUUAGCUAUAGCUGCACAAUUAUAUGCAGAAUAUUUGGCAAGUGUUAAUGAACUUGAACAUUGUACAGAUACUGAUUCAGGCGAGAAUUUAGCUUAUUUUACAACUAAUAGAGUUGCUCAGAAAAAAGAUUUCACAGGUGCAGAUGCUACUAAAACAUGGUAUCAAGAAAUAGAUGACUAUGAUUUCAAGAAAGAAAAUCAAUUUCCUUGUGGACAUUUUACACAAGUGAUAUGGAAGUCGACUACAACAGCUGGAUUCGGCAGAGCUUUUUCAAAAGAUCGUCAUAGUAUUUAUGUUGUUGGUAGAUAUGAUCCACCGGGUAAUUUUGCCGACGAAUUUCUUGAAAAUGUCCCGAAUUUAAUUAGUAAGUAGAUACUUCAUUGAUUUAAACAAACUAUUUUGCCCUGUGUGAAUAAAAAAUAUGGCGCAUUAUUCUAAACGUCAGUCAAACGUAAAUCAGUCGUGAUUGUUGAUGAAUUUUCAGUCUUCUAAUUUGCAUAUCUCUAUUUUUUUAAUUGUUAUUAAUAAGGGUUGUUCAAAUACAUCUAAAUAAAUUCUGCCUCUUCUAUUGUUA